AUGUGCCCCUCCACGUUCCACAGAGAGAGGUUUCGAGGGGCUUCCGGGGGGCCCCCUACGCUGGUGAACCGGCACGUGUACUCGGGCAGCGCCGACAGGACGGUCAAGUGCUGGCUGGCAGACACGGGCGAGCGUGUGCGCACGUUCGCGGCCCACAGACACAGCGUGAGCGCCCUCAAGUACCACGCGGGGACCUUGUUCACGGGCAGCGGGGACGCCCGCGCGCGCGCCUUCGACGCCCAGUCUGGAGCGCUGCGGAGGGUGUUCCGCGGCCACGCCUUCAUCAUCAACUGCAUCCAGGUGCACGGCCAGGUCCUCUACACGGCCUCGCACGACGGCGCGCUGCGCCUCUGGGACGUGCGCGGCCUCCCGCGCGCCCCGCCGCCGCGUCCCGCCGCUCCCAAGCGCAGCCUCUCGCGCCUCUUCAGCAACAAAGUGGGCUGCGCCGCCGCCGCGCCCCUGCAGCCGGCCUGA